AUGAGCACAGACGCGGUGGAGCAGUCGGACGCUCCAGCUGAUCAGGCAGGUAAGACAAUUUCACCUUCCUCAUGGCGUGUAAACAUCAUCUCACACAGAUGGGUUCAACAUGGACAUAACUCAGGAAAGUAUGCUGCUUAUUCCCUCUUUUUCUACUGCAGGUUCAAAGAUUAUUUGAUUUGAUUUGAUGUAAGAGUCGUUGGGUCUCAGUUUCAAUAUUGAGUGUGCAUCAAAGCAGAUUUACCUGUACUUUACUGUGCAGAUAAUAUCAUUAAAUAACACGCUGUUGUUACUUUCUCCAGAUAACCUAAGGGGAUACAAGCUUGAUGCCUUAAACCUAAAAAGCUAUUUUAAAAAAAAUUGUAUUUUUGCCUUUUCUUAACUAAAUUUAGGAGUCAUGUCAAUUAAAGUAAAAAAUGUACAGCCUUAAGGGCAGCAAACAAACAAAAAUAGUAACAAAAUAAUGUUUAAAAAAGCUGAUAUUGACGAAGAUUGACACAAGAAAAAACUUAAAAAUAUUAAAACUUUAAGGAAGUGUUGUAGACACAGGAAUGUGGGAUGUGCAUGUUUACAUAAACACAUUUAAUAUAUAUAUUUAUUGACUCUUGUUCCAUAAAAUGAUCCUUGUUCUUCUUAAUUUUAUUUUUGUAGUUUUAAGAUUCAGGAUUUACUUCCCGCCAAAAACUUUUUCUUCAUGGUCCCACUUCGGUUUAUUUGAAGCUUAACAGGUAGUCCUCCUGACCAGCUCUUGUUUUUGAACGAGGUGGGGAGGGGGGAUGUGUGUGUGUGUGUGUGUGUGUGUGUGUGUGUGUGUUGUGGCAGUUGGUUGCCAGACCAGGAUGCACCUGAGGCUAUUUGCAGAGAAAUGGUGUCUGUCCGGGGGGCUGAGAACGACAACAGCCACAAAACAAAAAAGCAGAAACCAGAAAAAGUGGAACUUUUCUCAAACAAUAGCUCUGUGAGCGAAGAAGAAAAAAAGUGAAAGACUCUGCUUUAUGGAAGUGCUGCAUGUGUUUUAUUGAAUAUGUUAUUACUUGUUGGCAGAUGGGCAAAUUUUUCUUAAAUUAGUUGCAGCUCUGAUUUGUUUUCAUGAGGAGGUCCAGCCUGCUUGAUAUCAUUUUCCCACAAUGACAGAUAGAUAUUUUCUCACAUGCAGCUUUUCGCUCCUGUUCAUGCUCAUAGUUUGUGCUUUCUUUAAAUUUCCAAGCAGAAUUGUCCGAGAUAAAUCUAAAUAAAUGAAAUCAAAACUACCUGCAUCUACCAAAGGGAGAUAAUGCAUGUUCAUCUUUACAUGUAAAUUUUAAAAAGCUACAGGUUCCAGUCAAUCUUUAUUCAUACAGCACCAAUACACAACAAAUGUUAUCUCAAGAAACUUUACAAGAAGAGAAGACCAUACUUCUCAGCUGUAUUACAAAGACCCAACACUUUACAGCAUUUAACAAGUUACAAUGGAGAUUAAAACUUUAACAGGUGAAAACCCUGACUCAUGUUAGACAGUCGUCUACUGAGACUGUGUUGGCAUUUAAGUAGGGAUAGAGGAAGAUGGAGAAAGAGAGAGAUGAACAAACAACAACAAAUACACAUUCAGCUGUUUGAUUACAAAGACAGACAUAAUGGAGCCAGUAUGUGCACCAUUUACAGAAACAUAAUCGACUGAUCUUAGUUUGAAUUAUGGAAAAUUAAAGUCAACAGGUUUACAGUAGAAACAUGGCAGUGAUAGCGUUUGUAAUGAAGUUGAGGUAAAUCACAGGAGCUGGAAUUUGAAAUUUCAGAUUUAGUCCUGUAUCUGGAGGCUGAGACAUUUCCCAAGAAACAUUUUUAGUGUUUGAUGUCAACAUCAGAAGGGUUUGUGCACACCAGCUUACUCUGUGCAACCUUCAUCACUGCAUAAACAUUUGUAUUUGUCUGUAAAUGUUGCUAAUAGCAGAUCCAACUUCUCAGGACUGAAGAUUUCUCUGCUAUAUGAACUAUUAUUUGGGGUUUCUGAGAGCUGCAGAGAGAGUAAAAAAAGUCAAAAAGUGUCCGUCUGAAUCAUUGAUGUUUUGGUCUUGUUAGGGGAAGAUAAAGAUGAUACAGAUGUACUCCAGACAUUGAAGCAAGUAGAGGAUAUUUCUAUAUGUAUUAAAUUAUUUCUUUAGUAUGAAACACAAAAGCAACUUUAAAGACAAUAGUACAUGAAGAUUCUGUUAUAACAGGACAUUGAAAGUGGAUACACAAGUCCUCAGAAAUCUAAAAUGUGGUUAUACCUCCCCUAAAUUUCCAAACUGCUUGUUUUUAUUCUUAAAUACACUUUUAAAGACAGACAUUUGAGUUUAAGACAUUUCGUAGUGUUGUGAUGGACUGUAGGUCAGUGCGUGUGUGGACACAGUUUAGAGGCCUCCUGUGCUCCACUGCUAAUUUGCAUGUCUUGGUCAUUUCCAUACUGGUAAAGCUGCCUGUGCUAGGGGCAGUGACACAGUAGGGUGGUGCCGAGGGAAAGGCACAGAGUUUGGGACUGUGUGUGUGUGUGUGUGUGUGUGUGUGUGUGUGUGUGUGUGUGUGUGCGCGUGUGUGUGUGUGUUGGGGAGGGAGGGUGUAUGGAUGUAUUUGCAUGAUGUGUCCACAGCAGCACACUGCCCCCCAUCCCUGCUCUGUCUGCUGAACUUCCACACAGACUGAAAAGUCCAAUUUGACAUUCAAAUGAUGAGAGCUUAUCCAGCAAACCUUUGGACUCUGCUGCUCUAUCAGCGCUCAUCCUGGCCUAUAACGUACAGUGGAACAUUCUGUACAUUUCUAUGUAUAGGAAUCUGUUUGUGUUGCUACUCUAGAUUGUGUUUACAAGUCUCUACUUGUGUAAAUAUUUAUUCUAAUCCUACUCACGAAUUUAAAUCCAGUUUUUGAGUUCCAACUUUGCAGGACUGAAAAGGAAGCCUUCCUUGAAUUUCUGCAUCAGUUUAGCCAGCACCAUUUUUUUUUUAAAGAAAGAGUAAAUAAACAGAUAACAGUCACAAACAGUCCAUUCAGGUAUUGAACUUUAUUAAAAAUAAAACUUCAUUUUUACCUCUUAUUUCCAACCGUUAACUUGGGGCCCAUAAGCAAAUGAUUUAUAUUCAUCUUUAAAUAUUUAACUCAAGUGAAACAAAGUGGUGUCCGUUAAGAAAAUAAUUUCUCUCUUUCUUUACUUAUUUCCCAUCAAUCAUAUAAAAACAUGAUAUGAUAUGAUAUGAUUUUUUUAAAAAUCAAUCACAUUUAUCUUAUAAUUAAAAUCAAACUGCUGUAAAUCAGUUAUUUUAUGGGCUGAUUUUCAUUGUAGAAGACCAGCUGUUUACUGGCUCCAUACAUCUUCACCCUCUCACAGUGUGUAUCUUCACACUCUAACAUUUUAAUACACACUGUAGGAGAAUAAUGAUUUACUUUUGUAUAUGAACCUAUUUGGUAAGACUCUAAUUCUGAUCCUGAAAUGCUGAAAAUUUCAUUUAAUCAAAAGCAACAUUAUUUAUGAGACUGCUCCUAAAGGUCAUCCUGGUUUUAAUCUCCUGUAGUUUGGGUUCCUUCAGCUGAAAAUUCAUCUUGAAUAGAGGUUUUAUUUCCCUGUUUGGAAAUGAAGUGAUUGCAGCUGGAAGAUUUUGUCAUAACAUAAAUACAAAGUUUCAAAAGUCAACACUCAAUACACAGACUCGAUGACAUGUACAUGAUCGUAUUUGUUCUCUGUGUUUUUUUGUAAGUUUUUUGAUAUGACAAAUGUUUUUUUUUUCUCUUUGACUUUACAGGCCAAAAUGGAAUUGACUUCAAUCGUCAGGUGAGUUUCUAUUAUACUAUAAUUCUGAACAACUUCCUCUCUUGUCUUAAAAUUCCAGCGAAUGAUAAUUCAAUGAGUUAUCAAUAAAAGGAAGAGUUUGGGUUGUUCUAUUGUAUAGACUCAGUCAUAUUUUUAUUCAGCGCAACGAUGAUAAUUUUUCUUUUUCAAGAGUAAAACAUGGAUGAAAUUCACUUCUGCAAACUGCGGCAUAAACAUGAGUUUCUUUUACUUGUGCUGCAGCACCGUCCUCACUAUUCAAAUGAUCUUACAGCUUCACCUGUUUCUCUUAUGCAGUCUAUGAUAACAACAGAUGCACUUACUUUCCUAAUGAUAAAUCUUUAUUUUUGAUUUUUCAACAACUUUCAGAAAAAAACGCAAUAAUGAAGUUUCAGUCUCAGCUUAAACACAGACUUCUGUGAUCUCUCUGUCUCUCAGUCUAAAACCAGGUGCCUCCAAGUUGUUGCUUUAAGUGUUUGGUUGCAGUAUUUUCUCUCACAGGAAUGUAAACUGAAUUUAUAAAAGACUGAAUUUAAAGAAGAUGGAGGAGUUAUUUAUUUUCUCAGAUUUAUUCAAAUAAAUAAAGUUUAAAAAAGUCAGAAAUGGCAGCACUGGACAGCUAGGACAUAGAUAUACAGUAAUUUUUGAAAUUAUAGGGAAUUUACAGGGAAAAAAGGCAACAUAUGACAGCAUAGCAGUGUUUUUAAUGGCUUCCAAUGAGCUCUGUUUUCCAGAGGGAUGAGUUAGUCCUGGCUUUGGAUUCACAGAUAAUCCCUGUCUUUAAGAUUAAUCUAAUGUUUGUUUUGUGGAUUAGCCGAUAACAAGAAAAAAACAAGUUAUCACAAGACUUCAUGUACCCCUUGACAGUCCUAAUAGAGAAGCUCAGUUGGAAUAUAAAUAGCCCAGAGCCCAGUGAAUGGUACUGAACUUUUUCCCAGGACAAAAGGUUCAACCGACUCUGAGACGGCUAACAUCCUCAGGAUAAACUACCUGCUCUUCCCGCAGAUGUCAAUAAUGCCUGCCAUCUCUAUACAAGCACCUCAAAUAGUUUGAAGCUAUUUGAAUACUUCUCCAAACACUCUUUUUGGCAGGGAAGCUCAUCUCUUUCAGAGCUCGUGUUUUCAGGAAGUGUCACGGCUUUCAGGGGUGAGGGGUUGGCGUGUGAGGGGGAGGGAUAUUUGCAUACUGGCUAGCCCAAAGGCAGAGAGAGUCUAUCACUCUUUGUAUCAUGUUUAGUGACCUAACUGGUCCUGGAGCGAGAGUCCUGUACAAGUCUAUAUAUGUGUACGUGCUGCUUCAAUACACAACACACAUGCACCAGACAUAAAACCCUGUUUACUGCUGAAAUUAGGACACAAAAACGCACUUUCUCACCGCUCUUUAGAACUUUUGUGUUCUUUAGAUGUUAACAAAAACAUGUGUUUGUGCUGUCUGCUUUUGUCUUCUCAGAUAAAGACAGAAGAUCUCAACGACUCACCUCAUACAGUCUCCACACUAAAGACAUGUCCUCUCACACAGAGCACUUCCAUGCCGGGAGGUCCGCUGACCGGGGUGAGACACAGAAAAGACAAGAGUCUACUCAAUCUCUCUAACUGAUCACAUCAAAACAUGUCACACAAAACUUUAAACAGGGACUUGGUUUCAGAGUUUAAAUCUGUUAAAUAGAAAACAUCCUUUACUCAGGUAUUGUACUGGUGUGCACCACUUAGAAGUGGUUGUUUCUGUUUUAAUGCAUUUAUUUAAUCAGAGCAAUGCAAAUUAAUCAGGGUAUUAGCAGCAUGCAUUAAUGUAAAAAUGCACAAAAAACUCAUCCAUAGUCCUAAAACAGAAAACAAAUAUCACAGUUAAAAACAUCAGAAUCAGAAAUACUUGAAUAAUCCCAUUACAGUAACUCCAGUGCAAAUAAAGUAGAAAGAGCAGAUACAAAAUAAAAUAAGUAAAAAUAAAGAGAUAAAUAGAUUAAAAAAAUGUAAAAUAAGUGAAAAUAAAGAGAUAAUAUACAAGUAUGUAUACCAUAUACAACACGAAAUAGUAAAAUAGUACGCAUAUAAACAGUGAGCAGAGUCCAGGUAAAGACUUCUGACUGAGGGUGUCAGAGUCUCUGAGGGAGGAGUUAAAAAGUCUGACGACCACCGGCAGGAAAGAUUUCCUGUGGUGCUCCAAAGUGCAUCGUGGGGCAAGGAGCUUUCUGCUGAAGGUGCUCCUCUGCAGGACCAGUUCACUGUGGAGAGGGUGAGAGACGUUGUCCAGUAUGGAGUGGAGCUUGGACAGCAUCCUCCUGUCUGACCCGGAUCAGCAUAGCAUACACACACACAGAAAACAAAACAAAGCAAACACAAAAAACACAGAGACAGGUCUACGUAAAUAAUGGACACAUAGGUUUUGCUGAUUUCAAAGAGCAGGAACCCCAUUAGGUCGAGGUGAUACUCCUCAGUGCACUAGUUGGAGAAUCUGAUUCCUGAUGCAGACAAAGUUUUCCUGUCCCUGUCUCAAGCUGUCAUGUCAAAAAAAUCUAAGAAUAAUAUUGAAUAGUUUAAAUAUUUUUGCACUUAUAGAAAAGUACUUCAUAUAAGUGGUGCUCAUGUAAAUGCACAUUCCUCUUUGUCUAUACACUCAGCUUAUAUGUUGUGUUGUGUUGUGUUUUCAGCAGGAGCUCACCACUCUCCACGCCAUGCAGCAGCUGGUUCUGAUGCCAUCGUCUCAACUGUCGUCUCCCUCACCCUUCUUGCUGUCCCAGAGUCCCACCAGCCACCAAGGUCCUUAAAAAACAUAUUUAGGAUAAAAAAGCUCCAGAGUAUUAACAACACCUCAUAGCAGUGAUCUGAUGAAGACACUUUUCUAAUAGGGGGACAAGUUGACAUCUUGGUUCGACAUUGUUUUUACAGUUUGACAAAACUGUAUAAUAACUUAAUAGCAGCCAUGUAAGGGGGUAAAGUUAGUUUUGCAUAGUCUGAAGAAUAUUUAAAUCUCACAAGUAUACUGAACCUUUUAUCUGAAUCAGUUCACACAAGUUUCAAGAUUAAGAGAUCUUUAGGAUGUUCAUGUUGGAGCUUUCCCUUUAAUGAAUCAAAAUGACUUUAUCCAGACACUUCAGUAAAUGUUAUUCAGUUGGUACAUGAACAGAAAUGUGAGACAUUAAACUUUGUGUUGGUCUUUGCAGCCCUCCUGCAGCAGAACCUGCUGUCUCUUCCUAGUCAAAGCCAAACUAGUCUCUUUCAGCAUCAACCUGGACUGGCUCUGACUCCCCAGGUAAACCCACAGACACAAUCGCAGACAGUUUAAUAAACCAAGAACUUUAUAUUUCCUUUUCAAGUUACAGCUGUGCAUUUACACUCUUAAAACCUGAUAUAUGACUCUGAUUUAUUUGUUGUUUUGUGUGCAUACCUCUUUUAAAUCUACCGGAAACACUUCUGUUUUUCUCACCAGGUCAUGAGUCGCUCUGGUCUAGCAGGACCAUCUAUGGAAAACCACAUGGAUAUGUCUCACCUGCAGAUGCCCAAACACAUGUCCGUCCCACCACUGGAGGAGCCCAGUGAUCUGGAGGAGCUGGAGAAGUUUGCCAAAGCGUUCAAACAAAGACGCAUCAAACUGGGCUUCACUCAGGUACUGCACUGUCUUCGAAAAUCAAGCAGGUUCUCACUGUGGACAUGGAGUCUUCCAUGAACAUGGUCAAAAAUAAUGUACGAUACUUUUACAUGUUAGAGUGUUUGUUUACAUGUGUUAUUACAGGGAGAUGUGGGCCUAGCAAUGGGAAAACUGUAUGGAAAUGACUUCAGCCAGACCACCAUCUCUCGCUUUGAGGCUCUAAACCUCAGCUUCAAAAACAUGUGUAAGCUCAAACCACUGCUGGAGAAAUGGCUGAGUGAUGCAGGUAAUUCAUGCAUUUAUUUUAAACAGUACCACAGAUUACUACUGCUUGAUUACUACAGUUGUCCCUCCAUCCUCCAGGGGUUUGCUCAGUUUUGCUCUAAGAAUCAGGAUUUUUACAUGCUUUGACUUGAUGAAACUUUUUGCAGCCUAAAAUCAAAAUUCAUGUUCUUGUAAUGUUUGUUUCUACGACAGAAAAUUCACCCUCUGACUCCAUGAGCAACACCAGCGCUCUGCCUCCUCUAAUAGAGGGCUAUGGACGCAAACGGAAAAAGAGAACAAGCAUUGAAACAAACAUCAAGAUGACUUUGGAGAAACGUUUCCUUGACGUGAGUCCAUAAUGUUUGUUCAUUUCAACUUUUAGUGUUGAAGGGAAAAUUAGCAUACAUGAAUAUAUGAUGAAAUCUGCUUUAUUUUUUCUGUAAAUUUAAGCCACAAUUGUCAUAAAAACACAAGGACUUAAUGACAAUUUCCAAGUUUUUUCUUAAUUAAAGCUCCUGUGAGCAACUUUCAGGUUGUGUGAAUUCUGGCGCCCUCUGUGAACAAAGCUGUAUUUGCUUAUCACAGCCUCUACAUGCUGGAGUUGUGUCUUGUGAUUAAAAAAAAUAAAUCUCAUCCUGCUGACGAACCUCAAAUACGGUUAUCAUGCCAUCAUUGAUAAGAACGCUUCAACUAUUCAAAAGUAACUUUAGAAUAUUUGAUCUGCAAAUUUAAGUAUUAGCUGCUAAACUACGAGCUAACUUGGCUGAAAACUUGUCAUUUAUUUUUUUCCCCAACCCUUUUUAAAAAUGGUCAGUCUAUCUGUAUGUCUCAUUCUUAGAUUGGAUUAGAUCUUUAGAACUCUAUUAAUAUUUUUGGGAAGAUACUUUGAAUAUCAGAUACAUUACCAACAUCCCACACAAUGUUUAAAAACAUGAAUAUUUUCCUUUUUUUUUUCAGAACCCUAAGCCAAACUCUGAGGAGAUAACUCUGAUCUCAGAGCAGCUGUCCAUGGAAAAGGAGGUGGUCCGAGUUUGGUUCUGUAACCGGCGUCAGAAGGAGAAGAGGAUCUACUGCCCAGUGUCGAGUUUAUCGGUGAAGUCACACAGCUUUAACUCCAGAAUGGUUAGCUGUUCAAAAAAUCUCUUUCAUGUAGAAACUUGUAGGAUAGUUGGUUUGUUUGACUGGAGGGAGGUGUAUUAAAAGUACUGGGGAAUACUCCAGGCUGGGUUUCGGAGUGAUUGGCCUAGCUCAGCAUUAAGACAGAUAGCAGAGGAAGACAGUCGGCCUGAUUUUUUACAAAUAGGUUCACUUACAUAUCACCAAACUCAUAAUGUCUUUCUUGUUUGAUUUCUACACAAAGUUCUUGUUUAAAGUGUGUGUAGUACGCUUGAAAUGGUCUGUAAAAAGCUUAUAUAUUUUCAUGUACCAAACCUGGCAACCCAGGUGUGGUAAAAGAAAUCUGACAUACAAAAUGAGUGAAGCUUUUGGAUAAAUCGUUUCAGCAUCUUUGAUUCGAAGCCCACCUAGGUUUCCUGGCUGUAGCUCUGUGGGAAAUAUCUGAAGUGUUGACCCAUUUCUUUAGUCUGAAUGUGCCUUUUAAAAAGUAAUUAAAGUUAAGCAAAAGUUUCAUGUCAAUAGAAAAGUCCUAAAUGAUCACUCAAAUAUUCACAUCAUCGAAGAAGAAAAGCAGAUCUUCAGUAAUCACCAAGGCAGUGAACUAAAUAACUGAUGAGAGCUUAAAUUAACUUUGUAUGAGGGAGCUUUUACUGGUAACUUUGGGGAUGGAGAUUGUUGGUCAUGAAGCAAAUAUGUCUUAUAGUUCUGGUUUUAAGCUAUUUUGUCCAAUUCAAACCUUUCCAGGCUCCAGCACCCGGAUCCUACAGCCCUCUGGCUUCAGGUGGAGGCAAGUAG